AUGGCCAACGCAUGCCCCCAUUCGUUUACCAUGAUCAAGUCGGACAGCACUCUAGUCCAGUGGAUGUGCAGUUUCUGUCAUUCGGGACCUGCUUGGUUCAUCUUCCAAUGCAAAUACUGCAACAUCAAGGUCGAAGCUUUUCCUCGGAGAAUCCGCAACUAUCCUACUUGA